GGCAUUAGCUUCAGCAGACUGUGCUUUACACAGAUCAAGGAACAAGCAGAGGAAGAGAAAGAGAAACACCCAGCACCCUCAGAGUUCAAAAUAAGUCCUUAUAUCGGGCAGUGAGGAGACCUAAACCAGAGAACCUUAUAUCUAAAGGUUUUCUCGUGACUGGUAAUCAGCAGAACUGCUUGGACGUUGGAGGUCUGAAGAGUGUUUGUUUGGCUUGACUUGGGAAGGAACUUUGCUGUAUUGCUGUUCCUUAGACGAGGACUUCUCUGAAAUUUAAAGAAGUCAUCAGUGAAGGCAAGGAAGGAAAACUUGUGGUGUGCAAAGAGGUAAUCAACUGUUUUUUCCAGUUCUGCUCAUACCAUAUAUUACACCAUUUGGACUCUAGCUCCCACCUAUGGCUGCUGUGCGUCAGAUGGCCAUCGAGGCCUCCGGCUUCCACGUCCUGCCAGCUCACCUUAUGGCCUCAGCCAUGGAGGAGUUCCCCCAGCAGCUGCCUGUGCCCAAGGGCCCUGCCAAGGGCAGGAGCCGCUCCCGCCGACCACGUGAGGCUCGGUUCAAGACCCAGCCUGUCACCUUCGCUGAAAUUGCAGAGGUGGAGGAGGAGGGCUCCUCGCCACUAGAGGAGGAGAGGGCCCGUCGCUCCUUCCUGCAGUCCCUGGAGAACCUGCGGCGGAGCACACAGACCCUCCACUGUCCGCCAAUUGCCCAUCACAGCCACACCGCCACACCCACACAGGCAAGCCUGGACUCCAGUGAUUCUGACUCUGCCCAGUGAGGAGCUGGAUAUCCCCAUUCCCUGGCAUAGUUUUGCUUUGCUCUGACGCCGCUUCGAACGGAGGCCAAAUGAACUGACCCAAACUGGCCUGUUCGCCAGCCUGCGCGUGUGUGUGUGUGUGUGUGUGUGUGUGUGUAGCCUCUGCUGUCAUAUAAAAAUCUGUAUUUAUACAGCUAUACAUACUAACAUAUCAAUAUAUUUUGCUAGAACGUGCACUAGAUGCAUAUUUGUGAAGACCUCUUCCAGUACCACUGUCUGGUUGUACUGAUACAGCUGUAUUGAGAAGAUGAGUGUUAAAUGUAGCACAUGACGCAGUGUUGAACACACUACUUUGAUUCUUCAGAUAUAUUCCUUUUCUACUGCGGAUGACUGUAUGAGGAAAACUUGAAAGAUAAAUGAUGGCUUGAUAUUUUUCCAUUUAAAACUUGUAUGAUUAUUUUGUUUCAACCCAGAUUUUCUAAGUGACCAGUCACCAUAGAGAAGACUGUUAAAUAUUUCACUCUUGUAACUUACCAAACUGUAAAUACACUGACAGCAAUGUACUGUGCUUUGAAAGCGUAGAGUAGCAUUGAAAAAGCUUUAUGAAGAGUUUGAGCUCUUGUUUUCCAGCUUCACAGCGAGUGAAAUUUCUACUCUCACUUCUAUUCUUGAGCAACAAA